AACAUUCACCUUUGUUGAAAAUUGGAAUAGAAGGAAAUAGAUUUACAAUAGUGUUGUUGUUAAUUUUUGAAGCUAUUGGUAUUAUCUAGAUGAAAAUUUAAAGCGGUCUACCUUUGAACAUUUAUAGUUGCAAUAUGAGUUUUGAUUCCAGCGUUAGUAAUGGAAGUGACAAACCCGAACGAAAAUACUAUGACCGUACAAAAUCUGAUGAUUUACAAAUAUCGAGGACAGACAUGAACAUGUUAAUAAUGAAUUAUUUAGUUACAGAGGGAUUUAAAGAAGCAGCAUUAAAAUUCCAACAAGAAGCUGGUUUGCAAGAACCUGCACUAUGUAGUUCACUUGACGAAAGAAUAAUGAUCAGAGAAGCUGUGCAAGGAGGACGAAUCUCGGAAGCAAUUGCUAUGGUUAAUGCAUUACACCCAGAGUUGCUUGAUAAUGACAGAUAUCUUUAUUUCCAUUUACAGCAACUUCAACUGCUGGAACUAAUUCGAGCUGGCAGAGCAGAAGAAGCAUUGGCAUUUGCUAGUGCAACACUUGCAGAAGCUGGAGCAAAUGACCGCAAUGCUCUGACAGAGCUAGAGAGGUCACUUGCUCUGUUGGCAUUUCCUGAUCCCCAUGCAUCCCCUUUUGCUGACCUGUUGUUACCUUCACAUAGCCAGAAAAUUGCUAGUGAAUUAAAUGCAGCUAUACUGAAAAUGGAAAACCAAGAAUACACAAAUCCUAAACUGUGCAGUCUAUUAAGAAUGAUUCUAUGGUCACAGAGUGAAUUGGACAAGCAUAAUGUAAAAUAUCCUAAGAUGACAGACUUAGCAAAUGCCACUAUAGAACAGCCAAAAUGAAUGACAUGUGCAUAAUUUUAUGAGAUAGCAUAAGAAAUUAAUGUGGGGAAUAUACAGAGAUUUUCCAAAUCUGAACACAAUUAAAUCCAAUUUCAAAACCCUAUGUUGGUAACAGAUAUGAGUUUAAUUUAUAUUAAUUAUAGAGGUAACAAAGUAAGUAAUAAACACCUUUCAAAAGUAAGAA